CUACUCCCGGGGCACACUAACACAAAGCCCACGAAUUAUCCAAGUUAUUUUAUUUCAUAGUUGAACGUUACGGACACAGCGACAGAAAGCGAAAGGAAGACGUGCGAACGAAAGAUGGUUGACGAACGCAUCGAAAAGACACCCUUGUUGGUGACAUUGGUUUUCUACGCACUGGGGAUGGCAACACUGCUGCCCUGGAACUUCUUUAUAACAGCGGAGACGUACUGGCAGUACAAACUCCGCAACGUGAGUGCGGGCGACGAGUGGACGUGGAGGAACGCCACCCUCACGCCCUUGCAGAUCUCCUUCACGCCCACGCUAGUCAUCGUGUCCAAUGUGUUCUGCACGGUGUUUCUCCUCUUCACCAGCGCCAUCGUCAGGAGGGUCAAGGAGAUGGUCCGGCAGCUGGGUUCCCUCGUCCUCUCGUUGGCAACGAUGGUACUCAUCACUUUGUUCACAUUCAUCGAUACGGAUUCAUGGCAGUUCGCCUUCUUCGUAAUCACGAUGAUUCUUAUCGCCAUUCUGAACGUGUGCGUGGCCGUCCUGCAGGGCUCCUCCUACGGGCUGGCCGGCCUGUUCCCCGCGUCCUGCAUGUCGGGGAUGCUCUCCGGGCAGGCCAUCUCGGGCAUCUUCUCAUCUCUCGCCAGGAUCAUCUCGCUGCUGGUCGGCGAGGAGCCCGUCACCAGCGGCCUCGUCUUCUUCGUCAUCGCGGACGUCUUCCUCGUCGUCAGCAUCGCGGGAUAUGUGUACAUGACGAGGAUGAACUACUACCACUCCGUGAAGGCAGAGGCGGAGGGCAAGGAGGAGGCUGUGCACAAGAGCGACUCCCAGACCUACAUUUCUGUUCUGAAGAAGAUCUGGCUCAUGGGAACCACCCUUGGCGGCACCCUCUUCAUCACCCUCAUGGUAUACCCGGCCGUGGUGGUGUACGUGACGUCCGUGUAUCCUAAGUCACGCUGGACGGAGGAGUUCUUUCAGCCGACGAUCACCUUCCUACUCUUCAACGUCGGCGACACCCUCGGCAGGGAGAUCACGCGCUGGUGGAGAUGGCCACGUGCGCGCGGUUGGCAGCUCCACGUGUUCGGCGCGGCAAGGUUGGUAUUCCUGCCACUGCUCAUGCUCUGCCAUGGAGAAAAUAAAACUUUUCCAACGCUGCUCGACCAUGACGCCUAUUACAUCGUACUCAUUUUCCUCUUCGCCUUCACCAAUGGUUACGUGGGAACGCUUACAAUGAUCUAUUAUCCAAGCCUGGUGGAGCCGAGCGAGCUGGAAGUGGGCGGAGCUAUCAUGGCUGCGAUGAUGGGGAUUGGGAUGGUGGUCGGUUCCCUUCUCUCGCCUGCCUUUGUUGCGCUCUGGGGUCCUGUGUGAAGGCUAUUAGUAGUAUGCGUUUGUAAACUAUGUGAUAUAUUUAUGAAAACUUCGUAAAUGGACCAAGAUACUUAAUAAAGAUUUUUUUUAUA